AUGUUUCCCCCCAUGCUAGCCCCAUUUUUCCCCUCCUUUCCCCCCUGCUUCCCCCCUUUCCCCCCACGGCUUCCCCUCCUUUCCCCCCUUGCUUCCUCUCCUUCCCCCCCCAGCUUCCCCCCUUUUCCCCCACGGCUUCCCCUCCUUCUCCCCCCUGCUUCCCCUCCUUUCCCCCCAUGCUUCUCCUCCCUCCCCCCCCUGCAUCCCCUUCUUUCCCCCCUUGCCCUCCUUUCCCCCCCUGCUUUACCUCCUUUCCCCCCCUGCUUCUCCUCCUUUCCUGCUUCCCCUCCUUUCCCCCCCUGCUUCCCCUCCUUUCCACCCCUGCUUCCCCCCUAUUCCCCCACGGCUUUCCCUCCUUCCCCCCCCUUCUUCCCCUCCUUUCCCCCCUGCAUCCCCUCCUUUCCCCCCUUUGCUUGCCAUCCUUUCCCCCCACUGCAUCCCCUCCUUUCACUCCUUGCAUCCCCUUCUUCCUCUCCCUGUUUCCCCUCUUUCCCCUCCCUGUUUCCCCUCCUUUCCCUCCUGUUUCCCCUCCUUUCCCCCCCUGCAUCGCCUCCUUCCUCUCCCUGUUUCCCCUCCUCUCCCCCCCUGCAUCCCCUCCUUUCCCUCCCUGCAUUCUCUGAUUUCCCCCUCUGCUUCCCCUCCUUUAACUCCCUGCAUUGUCUCCUUUCCAUCCCUGCAACUCUCCUUCACCCCGUGGGCAAGGAGGCAGCCAUCCGCACCAACACCAGCCUUUCUCCUGUUCACAGCGUGCAGCUCUAUGCUCGAUCCGCUCGUGCCUUCACCGUCUAUUUGGGCACGCUCUGA